GCGGGAGGCGCGGAACCAGCGGCCAAGGGGCCGCUCUAAGUUCCCAAGGGCGGAAAAGGACGAAGACGCACCUCGCCAGGAAACAGUCUGCGGAGAAAGAUGCUCCUGGGCCGGGUUGGGACCGGCGGCCUCCUCGUUCCGCCUCCCAGUUUUCCCACUACGAGGCAGGGACUAAUGGCUCCACUUUACAGACAGCUGAACUGGGUCGCGCCUUCACAGGACGGGGAAAGGAAGGGACUCGGAGCCCCAAGGCCUUUGACUUAAACGCCGACCCCCUCCCCCGUCUGCCCGGAGCUCGUGGAGAACCAGCCGAGCCCACGGGGAAGGCUGAGGACAGUUUAAAGAGCUCGGAGGUCCGACUAGUUCCCGCUGGUGCUUCAAUCAUCCAGCCCUGUACGUUUCAGUUUGGAUUUAGCAUCUACCCCGGGUCCCUGCCUGGCGCUUCCGGUCCCUCCGCCACAGUCUUGGAUUACCUCAGAUUGCCCCAACACUCUGGGCUCAGUCACCGAAGGGAGCAGCAGCAAGAAGAAUAUUUACCAGCAAGUACUGAAUCAACAUGUGCUACCAGCCAGCACUGACAUGUAUCUUUGUUGACUGCUUAAGGAUGGGCCUGUGGCUCCAGGUGGAGGCCAGCACGCAGUGUGGAGGGCCUGGCUGGCCAGAUGUGGGAGGAGUUUGCCACAGGCUCAGCUCCGACCUUGCAGCGGCGCAGCGCGGGCGGGAGGCGGGGAGGAGCAGCGGGAAGAGCGGAGCGAGGACCGCGUCCGGCGCAGUCUCCAAUGAGCAGCGCGGAACCUGCACCCCAGACCCGAGCCUGCUGCGCGCCCCCUCCCACAGCUCACCUGGUGCCAGGUAACAGGCCUGGCCGCGCCCUGUGGAUGAUGAUGGCCUUGCCCCCGUGAGCUACAACCUGGCCUUCAGCACCCACCCACCUCCAACCAGCAGGAUGCGGCUGUGGAAGGCGGUGGUGGUGACUUUGGCCUUCAUGAGUGUGGACAUCUGCGUGACCACGGCCAUCUAUGUCUUCAGCCACCUAGACCGCAGCCUCCUGGAGGACAUCCGCCACUUCAACAUCUUUGACUCGGUGCUGGAUCUCUGGGCAGCCUGCCUGUACCGCAGCUGCCUGCUGCUGGGAGCCACCAUUGGUGUGGCCAAGAACAGUGCGCUGGGGCCCCGGCGGCUGCGGGCCUCGUGGCUGGUCAUCACCCUCGUGUGCCUCUUCGUGGGCAUCUAUGCCAUGGUGAAGCUGCUGCUCUUCUCAGAGGUGCGCAGGCCCAUCCGGGACCCCUGGUUCUGGGCCCUGUUCGUGUGGACGUACAUAUCACUCGGCGCAUCCUUCCUGCUCUGGUGGCUGCUGUCCACCGUGCGGCCAGGCACCCAGGCCCUGGAGCCAGGGGCAGCCACCGAGGCUGAGGGCUUCCCUGGGAGCGGCCGGCCACCGCCCGAGCAGGCGUCUGGGGCCACGCUGCAGAAGCUGCUCUCCUACACCAAGCCCGACGUGGCCUUCCUCGUGGCCGCCUCCUUCUUCCUCAUCGUGGCAGCUCUGGGAGAGACCUUCCUGCCCUACUACACGGGCCGCGCCAUUGAUGGCAUCGUCAUCCAGAAAAGCAUGGAUCAGUUCAGCACGGCUGUCGUCAUCGUGUGCCUGCUGGCCAUUGGCAGCUCAUUUGCCGCAGGUAUUCGGGGCGGCAUUUUUACCCUCAUAUUUGCCAGACUGAACAUUCGCCUUCGAAACUGUCUCUUCCGCUCACUGGUGUCCCAGGAGACAAGCUUCUUUGAUGAGAAUCGCACAGGGGACCUCAUCUCCCGCCUGACCUCGGACACCACCAUGGUCAGCGACCUGGUCUCCCAGAACAUCAAUGUCUUCCUGCGGAACACAGUCAAGGUCACGGGCGUGGUGGUCUUCAUGUUCAGCCUCUCAUGGCAGCUCUCCUUGGUCACCUUCAUGGGCUUCCCCAUCAUCAUGAUGGUGUCCAACAUCUACGGCAAGUACUACAAGAGGCUCUCCAAAGAGGUCCAGAAUGCCCUGGCCAGAGCGAGCAACACGGCGGAGGAGACCAUCAGUGCCAUGAAGACUGUCCGGAGCUUCGCCAAUGAGGAGGAGGAGGCAGAGGUGUACCUGCGGAAGCUGCAGCAGGUGUACAAGCUGAACAGGAAGGAGGCAGCUGCCUACAUGUACUACGUCUGGGGCAGCGGGCUCACACUGCUGGUGGUCCAGGUCAGCAUCCUCUACUACGGGGGCCACCUUGUCAUCUCGGGCCAGAUGACCAGCGGCAACCUCAUCGCCUUCAUCAUCUACGAGUUUGUCCUGGGAGAUUGUAUGGAGUCCGUGGGCUCCGUCUACAGUGGCCUGAUGCAGGGAGUGGGGGCUGCUGAGAAGGUGUUCGAGUUCAUCGACCGGCAGCCGACCAUGGUGCACGAUGGCAGCUUGGCCCCCGACCACCUGGAGGGCCGGGUGGACUUUGAGAAUGUGACCUUCACCUACCGCACUCGGCCCCACACCCAGGUCCUGCAGAAUGUCUCCUUCAGCCUGUCCCCCGGCAAGGUGACGGCCCUGGUGGGGCCCUCGGGCAGUGGGAAGAGCUCCUGCGUCAACAUCCUGGAGAACUUCUACCCCCUGGAGGGGGGCCGGGUGCUGCUGGACGGCAAGCCCAUCAGCGCCUACGACCACAAGUACUUGCACCGUGUGAUCUCCCUGGUGAGCCAGGAGCCCGUGCUGUUUGCCCGCUCCAUCACGGAUAACAUCUCCUAUGGCCUGCCCACUGUGCCUUUCGAGAUGGUGGUGGAGGCCGCGCAGAAGGCCAACGCCCACGGCUUCAUCAUGGAACUCCAGGACGGCUACAGCACAGAGACAGGGGAGAAGGGCGCCCAGCUGUCAGGUGGCCAGAAGCAGCGGGUGGCCAUGGCCCGGGCUCUGGUGCGGAACCCCCCAGUCCUCAUCCUGGAUGAAGCCACCAGCGCUUUGGAUGCCGAGAGCGAGUAUCUGAACCAAGGCCAUCAGAUGCCAUCUGAGCUGAGACAUGAAAGAAAAGAAGCCAGUGGUGGAGAGUUCUGGAGAUCCAGCAGGCCAUCCACGGCAACCUGCAGAAGCACACGGUACUCAUCAUCGCGCACCGGCUGAGCACCGUGGAGCACGCGCACCUCAUUGUGGUGCUGGACAAGGGCCGCGUAGUGCAGCAGGGCACCCACCAGCAGCUGCUGGCCCAGGGCGGCCUCUACGCCAAGCUGGUGCAGCGGCAGAUGCUGGGGCUUCAGCCCGCCGCAGACUUCACAGCUGGCCACAACGAGCCUGUAGCCAACGGCAGUCACAAGGCCUGAUGGGGGGCCCCUGCUUCUCCCAGUGGGGCAGAGGCCCCAGUGCCUGCCUGGCAGAUGUGCCCACAGAGGCCCCCGGUGGCCCCCAGCUGCCCUCUGAGCCCAGGCCUGCAGCACUGAAGGACGACCUGCCAUGUCCCAUGGAUCACCGCUUCCUGCAUCUUGCCCCUGGUCCCUGCCCCAUUCCCAGGGUACUCCUUACCCCUGCUGCCCUGAGCCAACGCCUUCACGGACCUCCCUAGCCUCCUAAGCAAAGGUAGAGCUGCCUUUUUAAACCUAGAUCUUACCAGGGUUUUUACUGUUUGGUUUGAGGCACCCCAGUCAACUCCUAGAUUUCAAAAACCUUUUUCUAAUUGGGAGUAAUGGCGGGCACUUUCACCAAGAUGUUCUAGAAACUUCUGAGCCAGGAGUGAAUGGCCCUUCCUUAGUAGCCUGGGGGAUGUCAAGAGACUAGGCCUCUCCCCUUUACCCCUCCAGAGAAGGGGCUUCCCUGUCCCGGAGGGAGACACGGGGAACGGGAUUUUCCAUCUCUCCCUCUUGCCAGCUCUGUGAGUCUGGCCAGGGCGGGUAGGGAGCGUGGAGGGCAUCUGUCUGCCAUCGCCCGCUGCCAAUCUAAGCCAGUCUCACUGUGAACCACACGAAACCUCAACUGGGGGAGUGAGGGGCUGGCCAGGUCUGGAGGUGCCUCAGGGGUGCCCCCAGCCCGGCACCCAGCGCUUUCGCCCCUCGUCCACCCACCCCUGGCUGGCAGCCUCCCUCCCCACACCCGCCCCUGUGCUCUGCUGUCUGGAGGCCACGUGGAUGUUCAUCAGAUGCGUUCUCUUCUGUCUUUGGUGGAUGGGAUGGUGGCAAAGCCCAGGGUCUGGCUUUGCCAGAGGUUGCAACAUGUUGGGAGAACCCGGUCAAUAAAGUGUACUACCUCUUACCCCUAA